AUGGAUUCCAUAGCCUUUUGGAAUUGUAGAGGGGCAAAGAAGAAGGAAUCCUCUCUAUAUAUGAAGGAGUUCAUAAAAGAUUAUAAGGUAUUCUUUGUGGGUUUAGUUGAAACUAAAAUCAGCUCCUUUGAUAAAACUGAUUUUGAUAAUAUCAUGGGUCCUAAUUGGGAUUUCUUUAUUCUACCUUCGGAGGGAUUAUCUGGUGGUAUUAUGAUUCUAUGGAGAACUGAUAUUGCUUCCUUCUCAGUGUUAAAAACUAUAUAUCAAUAUGUAAUUGGAGAUCUUAAUGUCUUCAAAAAAGGAAGUUGGAUGAUUGCUACUGUCUAUGGGAGCAAGGAGGUUCACAAGAGGAGAUUAUUAUGGGAUUGCAUUCAUGAGCAAUUGCAAAGGAAGAUUCCAUCUAUUAUUGGAGGGGAUUUUAAUUGCAUUCUAUCACAAGAGGAAAGGAGAGGAGGAAAGAAGUUUAUCUUCUUUCAAGGUUCCUUAGAAAUGCUCAAAUUUAUGAAUGAUAGUGAUUAUCAUGAUAUUGGAGUGGUUGGUCCAAGAUAUACUUGGUGCAAUAAUAAAGUGGGAAGUGGAAGAAUUCUAAAACGCUUGGAUAGAUGCUUGUUGAACUCAAUGGAUCUUCAAAAUAUCCAAAUUAUUGUGGUAAGACACUUAGCCAGAGUGGCUUCUGACCACUGCCCUAUAGUGCUGAAAUUAUUUGAUGAAACUAGAAGGUUAGCAAGGUCUAUUAAAUUUGAAGAUGUUUGGUUAUCCUUUAAAACAUCGGAGCACAUAGUUUCCAAAAUCUGGAAAAAGAAUUUUGUAGGGGAUGACAUGGAAGUCCUCAACAAGAAGUGCAAGAGAACUUUAAAUGACUUAUUUUAUUGGAGCAAGAACAAACUAAAAGACUUUUCUAGUGAAAAUGAUAGAUUAAAGGCUGAUAUUGUAUUACUCCAAGAAGAAGAAGCUAGAAAAGGAUGGCUAGAUGAUGAGAAGUUAUGGAAACUAAGAGCUAAAGUAAGAGAGUUUAAUGUUAUUCUCAAUUACUUGAACACUUGGUGGAAGCAAAGAGCAAAAGUGAAGUGGGUAGUUGAGGGUGAUUCAAAUACCAAAUUCUUUCAUGCCUUUGCCAAUGCUAGAAGAAAUUCGAAUUGGAUCUCUCAAGUAAAGAAUCUUGAGGGCUUGAUCACCGAAGAUCCUAGGGAAGUGGAAGAAGUUUUUUUCAAUUUCUUUCAAGAGAAAUGGAAGGAAAGAUAUUGCAGUUUAGAUAACUAG